CUUUAAGAGCGAUCUCCCGCGUUCCAACUUGAGCGGAAAUAGAACGGCUGCUUUUCCGUAUUUAAGCGCGCCAACAAAGACAAACACGGUUCCCUUCUCUGCUCCCCCGUGGUCCAGGCUGCACUCGGGUCUUGUCUUGUCGUGUGUCCAACAUGCCGGAGGAAACGUCCGCCGCGUCCAGCGCUGCCAGCGUGGACGAAAAGCCGUGCUCCUCCGCCUCCUCGUCUGCCGCCGCCGCUGCAGCGGACAGCGCUGACGUCAUGGAGGAGGCGAAGAAGCUGCUCGGCACUGGGAAUAAACAUCUAGUGAUGGGAGACGUCGUCUCCGCUGUUGGCGUGUUUCAGGAGGCCUGCAGCAUGUUGGCUGCAAGGUACGGCGACACUGCAGAUGAGUGCGGUGAGGCCUUGUUCUUGUGUGGGAAGUCUCUUCUAGAACUUGCCAGGAUGGAAAACUCAGUCCUGGGUAAUGCCCUGGAGGGAGUCCCGGAGUCGGAGGAAGAGCCGCAGCCCAGCACCCCCAACAUAGAGAGUGCCGACAACCUUGACGAUGAUGUUGAUGACGAUGACGAGAGCGAUGAGGAAGGAGGAGAGGAGAAUGGUGAAAAGGAGGAGGAUGAAGUUGGAAACCUGCAGUUGGCGUGGGAGAUGUUGGAGCUGGCUAAAGUCAUCUACAAGAGGAAGGAGAACAAAGACGACCAGCUGAUGGCAGCACAAGCUUAUCUGAUCCUCGGUCAAGUCAGUAUUGAAUCAGACAACUACGCUCAGGCGCUAGAAGACUUCCAGGAGUGUCUCACCCUGCAGCAGAAGCACCUGCCUCCUCAUAGUCGGCUGCUGGCGGAGACCCACUACCAUGUGGCCUCCACGCUCUGCUACAUAGACCAGUACAGCCAGGCCAUCGAGCAUUUCAACAGCUCGGUGAAGGUCAUCGAGGAGCGGCUGGCCAUGUUGCAGGAGGCCAUCAACUCCGCUGCUGCUGGCGCUUCAGAAGACGACGUGAAGGAGAUGGAGGAGCUGAAGCAGCUUCUGCCUGACAUCAAGGAGAAAAUCGAGGACGCCAAGGAGAGCCAGAGAACGUCCCUCGCUGCCUCUCAGGCCAUCAAGCAGACGCUGGGUGGAGCCUCCACGUCGUCCUCAUCCUUCAGUGAGAACGGGGGACCUUCAUCGGCCUUCACCACAGUCAGUCAGAUGCCUGUCAAGUCGACAGAUGGCUCCUCGCAAGUCUCCAACAUCUCGCAUCUGGUCAGGAAAAAGAGGAAACCAGAGGAGGAGAGCCCAGUAAAGGACGCUGAUGCUAAACAGUCCAAACAGGAAGUUAAUGGGAGUGAGGACACUAGUGCCCGCAAUGGAGUUGAGGAGCAAAAAUCACAGGAGCCUGCGACCCAGUCGGCUUCAGUCCAGUCUUCGGCGUGAUCGUCGCCACCUUGGAGAUCCACAGACCAGCACCGCAUGCCUCGUCCCUAAUUUUGUAAAUAAGUCCAUUUUCAGAUUUGUUCGUCAAGUUUUGUAUACUUGUAGUAAUAAAGAAUUUGCAUACGUACGCUUGUCUGGCUCGGAUGUGGUGAUUCAGGUCAUGUGUGGGGAGGUGCUGGGUGCACGGUCUCAGCACUGAGUCUUCCAGAUUUCAUGUUUUAGUCUUCCAGUUGUAAACAUUAGGGGGCGACUAGCAUGAGGCAAUAUGGACACUACACACUGAAAGGGCCUCUGCAAACCUGGAGUCACCUCCAGCUGGAUUCAGUCCUUGAAGUCUUUUGACCCUCUGCAGUUAGAAGUCAAACAAAUUGUAUUUGAAAUGGCUCCACCGAAGGUUGGUUUGCUCAUACAAGAAGUUAAAGGUAUUGAAGUCAGUUUUAUAUGUGAAAGGGAAAACGGGAACUAUUUGUUUCUCUAGAUCAUUUUCUUUUUUAAAUAAAACAUUUGUCUCCAUUUGAUUCUCUGACUGGUCAACAAGCUCUCAGCAUCAUGUCAGUGUGGAUGCUCAAUCUGUUUACAUGGGGUUUUCAUAUGUUGACAAGCAUUCUAUUUACACACCACACAUCAAAGACACUAGGAGACACUUGUGCGAGAAUGUCCUUCACCUCCAUCCACUUACAAUUCUGCAAUUUGGAAUUGUGAUUUUAGAGAACUGAUGCCAUCGACGUUACGAUGGUCGCUAUGGUAACCGCAUCCUGGUGCAGUGUGUUUUGGUUGGGAGAAGAAAUAGAUUUGCUUUUAGCACAACAUAGCUUGGACUUAACACUCAGUGACUUAAAUUUAAAUCUUUUAGACACAGCAAUUACACAUUUAAAAUCAUGACUGAAUUUACGGCAAACAACUGGAUCUUAUAACACAAAAUCAGCAGGUUAUGAAGUCAAGGUGGCAUUUCAAAAGUCAUCUUGUCUUCCUAAGAAGUUACAUUAUGUUUACUAAGUUUGCAAGUUUUUGCUCCCAAGAAAUGUGUAAAACAUAUGCACUUAUUGAAUCAAAACAUUAAAAGUAAAUAAAGUUAACAGAGAUUAUUUUACAACCUUCUUGUCCAGUUCAUUCUGUUUAGCAGAGAGAUACUGAGAGCUGCUGUUGCAUUGUUGCCCUGUGAUAUAAACAUGAUUAUUUUUUAAAAUGCUUUCAGCUUUGGAAAUAAACAAAACUUGUGGGAUCAGCAUGAGAUCUUCCUGUCUUCUCCUCUCUGAUCUUGAAUUAUUGAAUACUGAACUUAAGAAACAGGUUUGUC